AGUUUCGAUGUCAGGUGCUUGAUUGGCGCCCGCCCUUUACUUGUGCCUUUGUACCUGACAGCUGAUGAGGUCAGCAUUCUCCCACGCACUUCGAAGCAGCAAGUGAUUUGUGGAGGAUGCUUUCAAGGGCUGUUCAGCUCUUUUUCACUGCUAGGUGGUGUGGUUCGGACGCUUCAAGCAAUGUCAGACCGACGGUCCAUGAUCCUGAUGUAUGCGUGCGCGCUGGGUACAGUGGGAGCUCUAGUUCUCACGUCUAGUUACAAGAAGACAGUAGAGCAUCACCAACGGGAAGCAGAGGCAGCAGCGGCAGAGCAGGGUAGUGUGGGGCCAUCUAAAGCCAGCACCUUUGAACAGAAGCUCGCAAAUCUUGACAAAGUUCGAUGAUGGUGAGGGGUUUUGACCCUGACAAAGAUCAUACCACCAAGUUCCCGUCAGAUGAAUGGUGUGAAAGUCAUUCAUCCCCAGCUAGACAAUAGGGUGAUCAACUAGCUAGGCUUAAAAAAUCUUUUCAAGAUUAGAAGCACGGCGAAUAGGCAGAGACUUUCCGAUUUUAGACAAAAGAAGACGCCCAAAGAAGAAGUGAAUACUGCAGUGCAACUUUGUAGUGAUAGCGCCAGAGGAUUGCAAAAAGUUUUGAUCAAUGGAAGUCGGAGUUUCCUGUUGACAAAGUAGGCGUCCCUAAGGCCGGCAAUGAUUCAGAGCAUCUGAAACCAUCACCGUUCCACUGCAUGUGACGGUUGCAAGCUUCUAUGGUUUGUAGGCCUCUAACAGAGAACGAAACUAGGUAGAAGAGUCGAUGAGGUUUUGGAAAUUAGGGAUCUGGGAACAAGUGUGCAUGGGUCCAAUCGGGCAAGCACAAUCAGGCAAGUUCUUAGGCACGACGGACACCGCCAUCUACACUUUCUGGUUUUUUCUAGUGUGUUUCUCAUGAGUUCUGGCAUGCGCCGAGUCCAUUUUGGAACGCGCACAAUCAGGCCUUGUGCAUCCGCG